AUGAAUGCACCAGCAACAGAAAAUAAUAAAAAUAUGGCUCGCUAUUUCCUUAUUGGUUGUUUCAUAAUUUGUGUGGCCCCAGUCGUCUAUAUCUGUGCCAUUGGUUUUCUGAUGUCUCUUUUCGAAGGAUAUCUAGCCGAUUUGACCAUAAUUCACUUGCUCACAGUCAUCUGUUUGUCAAUUUAUAUAUACAUUUAUUUUAAGGAAUUAAAAGAGCAAGCCAAAUUUCAAAAAAACUUGAAUCUUUCAAAUUUCGACGAAGAGAAGUAUACAAAAGCCAAGAUGAUUCUAAAAGUCGUAUUAUUUUUUUUAACGUUAUACGGAUUCUAUUUUUGUUCUGGACAACUCAGCUACGCGGGAGUUUACAAUCCUCGCUACGAUUUUUAUUUUCAAUCAUUGAUUUUUUGUAUAAUUUUUCUGGUUUUAUUUGGUCUACAGAUUGCUAGCUUUUUGUGUGGAAAACUAAACAUCCUACAGAAAUUUAUUAAUGAGAAGAUAGUGGAAAGUUUCAAAACUUUGAUUUGA